AUACAACUGAGUCUUUUGAGAUGGCCAUUCGAGUCCAUCGUCGAGUGAACUUUCGUUACCGUUUGCUUCUCGCUCUAUUUACUGGUAAACAGAUUGUAUUUGACUUUUCUGAAGAACCCAACCAUUCCCAACUAUUAAAACCUAAUGAAAUAUCUUUAUUGCGUUUGUUGGAUCGAAUAACUAGUGGAACUCAGUUGCAACUGGAUGAAGCACAAUGCCUAGUAACCAUACAACCUGGUGUGUUGAUAGGAGGCAACGUUACUCAUCAGUGUUCUACGUGUAGAGGGUUAACUUAUUAUUUGGAAUUUUUGGCUUUACUAGCUCCUUAUUGUAAGAGAACUUUGGAAGCAACUCUAACAGGUGUAACUGCUCAUCCUUUGGAUACUUCUGUGGAUACUUUUCAGAAUGUAACCAUUCCUUUAUUAAGAAAACUUGGUUUAGGAAAGGAAUGUAGUCUCAAGAUCAAGAAAAGGGAUAGUUCUGCUUAUGGGUUGGGUGAAGUAUUGUUCACUUGUCCGAUUAUCCUGAAGGCUUUGGAGCCUAUAGAAUGGAAGAAUCGAGAAGAGAUAAAACGAAUACGUGGUAUGGCAUAUUGUUCAAGAAUACCUCCCAAUGUUGCGAGCCAAUUGAUAGACAACUCGAGAAAUAUCCUUUGUGAAUAUUUGACGGAUGUCUUUAUUUACUCCGAUUGGAAUCCUGGAGGAACAGAUGAACCUAGUAUCAGUCUAUCACUUUUUGCUGAAACAUCGAGUGGCUUUAUAUUAGGAGCAGAUAGUUGUUGGAAGGGAAAGGACUGGAACGAAGAAAUAUUAUCAAGUGUGUCUCAAGAAGCUACCCAAGCAAUACUUUUCCAAGCUAUGGAAAAUAGUGUUGUAGAUACUCAACAUCAACUUUUUAUAUGUUUAUGGAUGGCCUUAUCGAGUGCAGAUUUAUCAACGGUAGAAUUGGGUCGCCUAACACCUUGUACUAUACAGUUAUUGAGAGAUAUUCAAGACUUUAUGGGGGUUGCUUUUCAAAUAGAACGAGGUAGUAAUAAUAACCAUCCAAGUUUACUGUGUUCUUGUAUUGGUAUGGAAUAUCGAAAUGAAAACCGUAGACGUUAUUAAAAGCUCUCCAAAAAUCCUUUUGUGGAUUCAGUUGGAAGCCAUUUCCUAUUCUUCU